CUCUUUAUUAUUAUUGUUAUUCUCCCUCUCUACACAGAAAACUUUCCCCAAGACAUUCCUAUUACCUCAUCACAUCACAUGUAUGCCCUCAUAAUCUAGCUUCUACACUGCCCUCUCUUCCUAUUUCCUAACAUUCAAAGCAGCAAAAGAGAAAAAAGUUGAAAAAGGGGGCAGCAAAUCCAACCAGCCCAUCAAUUUGUUUCAGUCAAAACAACAUUUGAACCCCAAAGCGCCCCUUCCUCUGUUUUUUUGCACGGAUUCCGAUACUAGGAAAUGAACACCCACAAGUUCCAAAUCUUUGAUUCUCUGCCUGCAUAGCGGAGGUUGGUUGCAAUGGCAAAAAGGGUGUACCAAGUUUGGAAGGGAAGCAAUAAAUUUUUAUUCAGGGGGAGGCUGAUAUUUGGACCUGACGCUAAGUCACUCGUUGUGACAUUGUUGCUUAUCCUUGUUCCUGUUGUUCUCUUUUGUACACUUGUUGCUAGUAACCUCCUCGAUGAAAUUCCAGAUGGGGGAUCUGCAAUUUUGGUGGUAGCAAUUGUCUUCACGAUUUAUGUAUUGGUGCUUCUUCUUUGUACUUCAGCCCGUGACCCUGGCAUUAUACCUCGAAAUUCUCAUCCACCAGAGGAAGAGUUCUGUUAUGAAUCUUCAGCUUCAGCUGAGGCUGGUGGAAGACAAACACCAAGCCUACAAUUCCCUCGUACAAAAGAAGUCAUCGUUAAUGGUUAUCCUGUGAGGGUGAAGUAUUGUGAGACAUGCAUGUUAUAUCGUCCUCCUCGUUGCUCACAUUGCUCCAUAUGUAAUAAUUGUGUGGAGCGAUUUGAUCACCAUUGCCCUUGGGUGGGCCAAUGCAUUGGAAUGCGCAACUACCGCUACUUCUUUCUGUUUGUUUCUUCUUCAACUCUUCUCUGCAUCUUCGUCUUUGCAAUGUCGGCUCUGCACAUAAAAUUUCUUUUUGAUGAUAAAGGAACCGUAUGGAAGGCAAUGAGGGAAUCACCCAUUUCAGUCGUGCUCAUGGGCUACUGCUUCAUUUCUCUGUGGUUUGUUGGGGGUCUCACUGGUUUCCAUUUAUACCUUAUCGGCACAAACCAGACCACGUAUGAGAAUUUCCGCUACAGAGCAGACAACAGGAUCAACGCCUAUGACCUUGGUUGCCUGAAAAAUUUUCUUGAAGUUUUCUGCACUAAAAUCAAGCCUUCAAGGAAUGAUUUCCAUGCAUAUGUACGAGAAGAGCCACCAAGGCUGCCUCCUCGCAUGGUUCCCACUUUAGAAGAAGAAGCAGACGACUGUGGUGGGGACCGGCGAGCAAAAGUAGAAGACGAUCUAGAGAUUGGCGAUGACCUCCUGAAGAUUUCCCAACGCCGCAACUUUGAAGUUGAGGAAAUACGCAGCAGAGGCAGUGAAAGCCUGCCCAGAAACUCUUCUGAGGCUGAGCUUGGCUUAGGCUCAGAUCCACAACAACCUGCUGGCAUUCGAUCAGAGACCCGCCACUCAAGUUGGGGCAGACGAAGUGGGAACUUGGAGAUCUCCCCAGAUAUUCUCGCAAUGAAUUCCACGGUCACUGAGAACAGAAACCACAACACCAGGAAGGAAGAACACCAUUAAGGAGUUUUUCCAAUUGAUUUUUCCUUUCUUUUCACUUGGGCAGUUACAGUUGUUGGAACUCCUCCUUCAGUUGUAGAUCUUUGAGCUACCCCAUUUUCGGGUUUCAUCAAAGAAGACAGUAGAGGAUGUGUAUGCAGAAUUGCUGGAGGAGAUUGAGGUAUUCCCACUGUGAUGAUGAUAUCUUGUAAUAGUAUGAUGAUACUGAUGGUUUGUGAAGUUUUUCUGCUAAGCUGGUUUGAUUCUUUUGGUGUAAAUUACAGCAUCAAAGUUGUAACAUUUUUGUAUCUUUUUGUAAACUCUCUCUUCAAGUUGUUGGAUUUGCUUGGAUUAGUUCUCAUCAACAUUAAAUACCAAAAAUUCUGUCAUUUUCUCAGGAAAAUGUUUCAGGAAA